AUGCGCGUUUGCACGCUGGAUGACGGCGUCGCCGUCGUCGAGGGCGCGUUUCCGAGCGCGGUGGACGUCGACGGGUGCUACUGGGAGAAAGAGCUCGAGCGCGUGACGGUGACGUUGGAAAAGGCGAACCGAUACGACGCGUGGGAGAAAGUGUUAGAGAGCGAUUUACCACCCCCGGGAGACGUCACGGUGACGUGUAAGUGUUACUUUGACGUCAGCGUGAAUGGAAAGGCGAGAGGGCGAAUCGUGUUUGGGUUGUACGGAAAGCACGCGCCAAAGACGGUGGAAAAUUUUAGAGCGCUUUGCACGGGAGAGAAGGGUCUGAGCGCGAAGAGUGGAAAGAAAUUAACGUACGAAGGGUCGUGUUUGCAUAGAAUAGUCAAAGGGUUCGUGUGUCAGGGUGGAGAUUUCACGCUGCAGAACGGACAAGGAGGUGAGAGCGUGUACGGCGAAGAUUUCGACGACGAGGCGUUUGGGAUAUCACACGACGACGCAGGUGUGUUGUCCAUGGCUAAUCGGGGACCAAACACGAAUGGAUCGCAAUUUUUCAUCACAACCGCGCCAGCGCCGAGCUUGGAUGACAAGCACGUGGUGUUCGGACGCGUAUUAGAAGGUAUGGAUGUCGUCGCCGCGUGUGAAGCCGUCGGAACCGAAUCGGGUCAACCUCUCGGCCAAGUCGCCAUCACUGCAUGCGGCGAAUUGCAGCUCAGUGAUUAGCUCGAACAUGCAACAACUAGCGUAGCGCGUGUUAAGAUUCCAAAUCUUUGUAAAUUUUCAAAAAAGCCACCAAGCGGAUCCCAUCGAUGAGCGUGGGUCGCCGAUACGCCGAGUCACCGUCUGUAUUCGCCGAUUCGCCGUGUAACGCGUGAAUUUCAUUCCACGAAAAUUUCUGCAGAGCCAUCUUUUCAUCUUUGCGAUCGAUCAGCACGUACUUGGCCAAAACAGCGAAAGAAACCGUGGCGAAACCGCGCUCGACUAAGAUGUCGUCAUCGUCGAAAAAAUAGACAAACAUGGGCACCGUCAGCAGCGCAUUCGCGCCCUCGAUGUCGCACAAAUUCUUCGUCAUCAGCAGUACAAACAUGACCGCCAGUAUCGAUAAUACAGCGAGAAGAAUGUCCGCCAGCUCUCCUUUCGAUAACGUCGGAUCUAACCCCAGGUACGUGAUGAAACCGUGCAACGCGACGAAAACGAUGGCAAACGUCAUCGGAGCCCGCGUCGCCCAAGCUCGAAAGCCUUCCGUCUUCUCGAACGUCACGCACACUCCCCGCGCGAUGCAAAUGAACCAAACCGCCCUUCUGUGCCCGUAUUCCACCGCGCACCACGCGAUCAUCGCGAUCAUCGCGAGCUCGAUCGCCACGUACGCCGGUCCCGCGCCUCGCAUCAUGGGCACCAGCGAGACCACCGGCCCGACGAGCAGAAACGAGAAGACGGCGCACGCGAACCACAUGCGCCACCCGCACGCGGCGUCGCGCUCUUUUCGUAUCGCGUCCAACCUCGCGUUCUUCGCCGCGAAGGCUUCGAUCGACGUCAUCCUCGCGAAACUCGCGCGCGGGUCGCGCGAGGCGGAAU